AUGAGAAUUGGCUGGAUUCACAAACUUGUUAACAAAUGGCCGGGAAAGAAGACGUUUGGAAUGUAUAGAUUUCUUCCCAUAUUUUUCGUACUGGGAGCUGCGUUGGAAUACUCUAUGAUCAACUGGAAGGUCGGUGAGGUAAACUUUUACAAUACAUUCAAAAGGCGACAAGCUAAAGAUAUUGUUGAAGAUAAAAUAAAAAAGUAUUCAGCUAUAUAAAAUGCCUGCUGGUGUAACGUGGGGACAAUAUGUUUGUUUUUCAAUAGCCUCUUUGCUGACUAUGUUGGCAGGCUCGCAAGUUGUUCAUCAGCACUAUAAACCUCUUGUAGACCUCAAUAAAUACAUAAACAAGGAGUUGGAGGGAUACCCCGAAAAUGUUCAACAAAAAAUCCGACAAGAGCUUAAAGAAGAAGGUCUACUCAAAUAGUGCCCUAUUAGUGUAUUAUUUACUU